AUGGCCGACACCACUGUAUCGCUGACACCGGAGGCGAAGUUUGAGCUUAUUUCGCGCAACCUCGACGAGAUUCUCGGCGCCGAGGAGCUAAAGAAGACGCUGGCUGAGCGCGACAUCAGCCUGUACUGGGGCACAGCACCCACGGGUAAGCCGCACGUCGGCUACUUUGUGCCCAUGUCGAAGCUUGCUGAUUACCUGCAGGCGGGCUGCCAUGUCACGGUCCUGAUUGCCGACAUCCACGCGUUCCUGGACAACCUGAAGGCGCCGAUCGAGCUCGUAAAGUCUCGCGCAAAGUACUACGAGCACCUGGUCAAGGCAAUGCUGUCUUCGAUCGGCGUGCCCCUGGACAAGCUCAAGUUUGUCGUGGGCAGCAGCUACGAGCUGACGCCCGAGUUCUCGAUGGACAACUACCGCCUGGCGUCGAUUGUCACCGAGCACGAUGCGAAGAAGGCCGGUGCUGAGGUCGUCAAGCAGGUCGAUUCGCCGCUGCUCUCUGGUCUGCUGUACCCGGGCAUGCAGGCGCUCGACGAGGAGUACCUGAAGGUCGACGCGCAGUUUGGUGGCAAGUACCUGCCGCAGCUGGGCUACAAGAAGCGCAUCCACAUGAUGAACCCGAUGGUUCCUGGUCUGCAGGGCACCAAGAUGUCGUCGUCUGACCCCGACUCCAAGAUCGAUCUUCUUGAUGAUGCCAAGGCUGUGCAGAAGAAGCUCAAGAAGGCGUUCUGCGAGGAGGGCAACAUCGAGAACAACGGCGUGCUGUCGUUUGUGCGCUAUGUGCUGUUCCCGAUCAGCCACCUGCGUGACGGCAAGGCCGAGUUUGUGAUCUCGCGGCCCGAGCAGUACGGCGGCAACUCGACCUACCACGACUUUGAGACGCUGCAGCAGGACUUUGCCGACAAGAAGAUCCACCCCGGCGACCUGAAGGCGAGCGUCGCUGCGGCCCUGAACCGUGUGCUGGAUCCGAUCCGCGAGACCUUUGCGUCCGAGGAGCUCCAGAAGCUGGUGCUCGAGGCGUACCCGCCCCCGCAGGCCAAGUCCAAGCCGGCCAAGCAGAAGAAGAAGCACAACAAGCGCCCGGACCACCUUCCGCCCAAGGAGGCGGCUGAGACCAAGGAGGCGGCGGCAAAGCCGGCUGAGACCAAGGAAGAGCCCUCCGCCUAGAUGUGAUCGGGGAAGGGUCGCGAUAGAUUUCUCGCAAGGUCUAUUUUUAAAAAAAAAAAAUCACUCGAAAAACA